GAUUUCGCUUUAUAAGCUAUCAGUUCAUUCUCUGUCGUGGUCAGUGCGGAUCGCUGUUAGGAAGUUUUGAGAGAUCCUAAUAAGUAUAUCAUUUCGACAUGAACAGACUUUGUCUAACCGUAUUUGCAAUUCUACUCAGUUUGGCUUACUGUCAAGCUUACGUAGCAUUCUUCCCCAACGCAGUGAAUAAAGAUUUUCCCGGAGAAUGUUAUGAUCCUCAAACCAAAAUCCACUUCAAACCCGGUCAGAAACACCAAAGGAAAACGCUUUGCGAAGAGAUGAUAUGUAAUGAUGAUCUCUCAUUAUCUUAUUACGGUUGCGGCGUUGUUGUGAUGGAUGACCCUCGCUGUGUGAAAGUCGAAAAAGACUUAACUAAAGACUAUCCAGCGUGUUGCAGGACAUACAAAUGUGAAAUCGACGGAAACGUGUCGUACCACUGAUUUUGACAACCGACGUUACGAAAAAUAUUCGAACUAGUUUUGUGUUGUGAGGUAUUUUCCAUCGACACGGCAAUAAACCAUUGAAAUAAAAUUCGAAAUUGGAGUUAUAAUAGUUAUAAUA